AAUAUCGAUAACAAACUAAGCUCUCAGAUCACUAUCAGAGUUAAGUGCAAAAUCGUUCAUUUUGUUGUAUUUAUAUUAUAUUUUUUAAACAAUUACUGCAUUUUGUUGUGAUAUGUAGAAAUGUCUACUAGCACAGUAUUUGUUCGCUCUACUAAAGCCAGCGAUUUGCGAGCUAAGGCUAAUAAUUUGAGGGCUUCGAACGAAAGCCAAUUUAUUUAUACGCUCUGCGGCACUGAAGGGUGUAAUCUGAGCAUCUGCUCGGUGCCUAGUAAGUCGUGCUCCGGAUCCGUCGACGAGCGUAUAUCGUUGCCAGAGACGCCGCAGCAACAAGCCAAGAUCUCUCUCUCGAUGAACAGCCUUGCUCAGGAAGUUACUACCGCAGUCGCCCCACGUACGGCCCACCAGUGGGUCCUCAUUCGAAAUCGAGUGCGUGCUUUCCAGGCACAGUACCAGAGUAUACAAUGCCUUCAAGCGGCGUUUUUCGAGAAGCUGCAAUCGUUGGGGCCGGAGGAGUCCAAAAUGAUUGGCUCGUACAAGUUGGUUGCCAUUGUGCUCAACGAGGACAGCAAGUGGGUUCAUAGGAAUGAGGAUCCGACCCGUUUGCUCCAGAAUUUGCCCAUCGAGAGCGUCCAAGAUCUGAAGAAUCGUUGCCAGGGGAUCGUCGACUCGGGCUUUAUGAUGUUGUACGAUCAUCUGGCCAAGGACGAGCUGGAGGAAUGCAAUCAGAAAGGGAAGCUCACAGUCAAGCUGAAGGAUCUUCUGAGCCGGCAAAUGUCCAGCAUCGCAGAGAGCAUCGACCAGGUGUGUGUGACACCUGUCUGCCAACAGGUUUCGCCCAACAAGGAUCAGUACAGCGACAAAAGCGAACUGCGGCAGCAGAAGCAGCUCAUGGAGGCUCGGUUGUUACAGAUCCAUAAGGCCUACAACGGAGAGAUGAUUAGGCUCAAGGCGGACCUCGAGGAAAAGCUGAAGGCGGUGGAGGAAAACUGGCAGCAGACGGUGGUCGAGCUGAAGCAGAUGCUACGACUCUACGAGGCACAAAACGACGAAAACUUAAGGGAACUGGCCCAAAAGAAUACCUCUUUAACCACUAAGGACAACACCAUCGCGUCGAUGAAGGCUGAGAUGGAGAACCUAAUGUCUCGCAAUACGGCGCUGGAUCAGCUAGUGAAGGAGUCGGAGGCUAUCGUGCUCCAGGCUCAGAAAGAAGUCGAAAGAAACGGGGAAUAUGUAGUCUCUCUGGAGAACAAGUUGAAGGUCCAACAACAGAAGCGUCAGGAUGGACUCGACCAGCUCGUUGUGGAGAGAGAUCAGAUAAUAGCCGAUUUGAAACAAAAGGUCCUGAAUAACAAGCAAUUUAAGACCUAUGUCCACCGACAAAAGAAGAAUACUCGCAAGCUGCAGGCGGGGAACGCUGAGCUGGAUAUAAAGAUCCAACAGACGAGGGCCGAGAUCAGGGAGCUGGAGGACCAUUUGAGGAGUACAGCAGUCCAGCUUGACUCCAGUUACCAAAGAGAGCAGCAGCUGCACUCGCAUCUGAAGGAUGUGAAGACGGAGCUGUGCAGGUCCGAGCAGCUGGUGGUUCAGAUGAGCGAGGAGGCGAAGGCGGUUUGGAAGAGGAAUCCCACGCCCAACGACCACCAACAGAAAAUUGACCAACUGUGCUUCGAAUCUGCCGAGAAGGACAAGAAAAUAAAUAAGUUAACCAUCCAGCUGGAGUCGAAGAAGGAGCAGCUACGCCUCGUGUGCGAGAAACUUAAUCGCAGGCAGAAGAAGCUCAAGUGCAUGGAGAAUUCUAUAAACCUGCUCACGGAGCAGAAUAUUCACCUCUCCGAGCUCCGGAAUAGGCAUCGUGAGAAUGAGUUCUUGAUGGAACGUGAAAUUUCCCAACUAAUGGGCUCCAUAAAGGUGUAUCAAGAUCAUAUUAGCAACAACAGACGACCAGAACAACCAACUGAACUGAAUGAAUACUACUGUAUAGAUCCCUCUCUCGAAAAUCAGCAGACGCAGGAGAAUUUUCAGUUGCAUGGAAAUUACUUUCGGCCACUUCAUAGCCACCUUGCCAGGCAGCAGCAGCAGCAGUAUGUGCAUCGGCAUUAGAUUAGCAAUCAAAUUUCGUGAUAGUAGGUGGAGCAGAUACAAUACAAUAUCAAAUGGAUCAAUCAGACAAAUUUAUUGUUAUAAUUUUUCGUGUUUUAGUAAAUAUGGCAAGUACUAAUACUA